GAUACACAAGUACGAUCUUGACCCUACUUCAUACGAGUAAGACCAAGACAGAGCAUAAUUUGGCUGCAAUCACAACGCGUGAAAGACGGCUUUACAGUAUCGGUGCCAGAAACCGCUCUACAGAGUUACAAACAGGACAUAGGCCACAAUGGCCACCCCGGGAGCGCAGGAAUCGGGGGCUGCUCCUGCCGCUCAAGUAGAGCCGAUUUAUAAUGGCAUGCCGUCAUCACCAUCAAGUCCACGGAAGAAGGGAGGACCGCCCUCUCCCAGCAAAGCGGGGCGCACGGACUGGGUGAUUCUGACGCCGUCACCAGGGCCCGGUGCCUAUAACCCGGGCAUGAAUGCCGUGCAGCAGGCCUCGGAGCGCGCCGUCUUUGGGACGGCAUACCGCGAGCAGGAGGAGAAGCGGUUUGUGUCAAACCUACACAAUCAGGCCAUACCCAGCGGCGACACGCCCGGACCUGGGGCAUACCGGACGGCUGAGAACCGGCUGAUGCGGAGCGACAACGCCUCGAAGUUCGGUACGGCGGCGCAGCGGCCGGAAGUGCCCAAGGAGUCCACGACCAAGCCUGGGCCCAUCUAUGAGCUGCCCUCCACGCUGUCAGCCAUUUCGGCGGGCUUCGGCUCGCCGCCCACCACGGCCCGCGGCGGCUCCCGCAGCGCCCGCGGUGGCUCCCCCAUGCGCGACCAGCGGUCGCUCAUGAGCGAGCGCUUCCCGCUGGAGCACAUGGACACGCCGGGCCCCAACUCCUACGGGCUGGUGCAGACCGACAAGCUGUCGCACCACGGGGCGUCGCCACGCGUCGGCUUUGGCCGCGCCACUCGCGAGGCCGCCACGCGCUCCUCGCUGUCAACGGCACAACUCCAGGCGGACCCCACCAUGACCACCGCCAACGAGACGCCGGGCGCGGCCUAUGAGACGCACCGCUCCACGCUCAACAGCGCGCAAUCCACCGUCUUCAGCAAGGGGCCGGCGCACUACUCGCCGGAGAAGGGCGGCAGCGCGCGGGGCCCUUACCUGGGCCGCCUGCAUGCGGACGCCAACAAGGGCACCGAGGGCCCCGGCCCCGGCACCUACGCCUCCUCCAGCACGCUGCAGCCCGCCGGCGGCGCCAAGUUCGGGCCGCCCUCGCCCACGCGCACGCCCAAGCCCAACGAAAUGGAGGUGCCGGGCCCGGGCGCGCACAACCCCAACUUCGGCGCGCUGUCGGUGCGGGCGGCGGCCAGCUCCUACAGCAUGGGCGCCAACAUCCGCACCGACUUCACCAACAUGGCGCCCAACACGCCCGGACCCGCGGCGUACGCGCUGCCGUCGCCCGACCGGGUGAGCCAAGGCGCCUCCGCGCCCGCCUACUCCAUGGGCGGCACGGGCGCGGGCGGGCGGCUGAGCUAUGUGCCCAAGAACACCACGCCCUCGCCCGACAACUACGGCCGGGUGGAGGACCCUCGCGAUAAGAGCCCGGUCAAGAAGGGCUUCAGCUUCGGGCUCAAGGAGCGCACACGCAGCGACACCACCAUCAGUACCAGGUACCACGGCCCGCUGGCGGCGCAGGAGGCCAUGGGCACCGAAUCGCCCGGGCCAGGCUGCUACGAGCUGCCCUCGCCCACGGCGCGCGCCGGCUCGCCCGCCACGCGCUUCGGCACGUCGGGCCGCGACAGCGGCGCCAAGCUGUACAUCAGCCACAUGCACGCCGCGGCGGAGGGCUUCGGCACUGCCUCGCCCGGGCCCGGCUGCUACAACGUGGCGGACGCGGGCGGCGUGGGCAGCCCAUCGCGCUUCAGGGCCAAGGUGGCGCCCAAGUUCGGCUCGAGUCCGCGCUUCAACGACAAGGUAUGCACAAAGUGACGAGGCGUGCGGUCUGCACACGUACCGCCCAAUGCUGCCGUGUGAGUGAGCAGCAGUACCAGUAGCAGUGGGGCCGUCAAGCAUAUCUUUGCGUUGCAGCCCUGUGUGCAGCAACGAAUGGGCAGUUGGUUCGAUGACAUGACAUAGACAAGGUUGUCCAGUAGUUCACUGGGUGUGUGCGGGUGUACGAGGGUGUAUGCUGCCGCCAUUUCGGGCGGCUAACACUGUUUAGUGAACUGUAGCGUGCGGGAUGGGCCGCAGGGCUUUGGUUGAUGCUGACGCGGGUGGUGAUUGCAACUGCCGAACGAGGCAGGAACUCGCCAAUUUGCGAGGCCGUUGCAUCAAGUUACCGUUCAGGUUCCCGAUUGUGCAACGGGCCGCGAUUGGGCACGGUAUGUGGCUGGCUGUUGCGAGGUGCUAUGCAGAGUGCCUGGUGUUUGGGGGGCCUUCAUUCCCAGCGUGCUGACAUUCAUCAUCGCAAUCUACUCGCGUGCUGAAAAGCGCCUGCAUCGUAGUCAAGGGAGGUGCCUGUUCCAAGGACUGGCGCUUGUUUGAUGCAAAAUGGUCGUGACCAGACUUUGUUGCUCGCGCCUUGAAGGGACUAGUUAGCGUACUGAGUGCCCCUGCAGUAGGUCACGCGAAGUGCUAGCUCGUUGGUGCUGGGGUGCGGGUUUUGGAUUGUUGAAGGGAGUAUGUGUCAUGCCACGGUGGCGCGCAGGGGUUACCUGAAUGAUUUGGUCACUACAAGACUGGGCACGUUGACGAACUUGAGGUGUGAUGCAUCUUGGCGUGCCGUGAUUGCGUCACGCCAGGGGGCCGCAGUAUAGGUCGUAAGCAGCCUGCAUCUUUUGCAGGCAGGCGGCUUACGUGUUGUGCGACUGUUGGAAGUUGGAGGAGAGACGCCUGCACCGUGCGUAGAACGGAUGGAAAAGGAACCUUCACUGGUACACGGGGCACGCAUGUCCUGCCAAACGGACAUGGAGAUGGUGGUGCAGCGCUAGAGGCGGGAUGUUGGUUGAUUGUGACGGUAUAAAUUAGUGCAGUCCCCUUAUAAUGCGGAUGUAAGUGGACUUGGCAGGGACGGCUCCGUGAUGGGUGCGCUGAGAGGAAAUACCCACCUGAUAGUAGAAUCAGAAACUGCACAUAGAUUGACAUUUCGGCGAGGUCGAACGCGCCCCAAACUUGAAAGCUUCUACUGCAUGGGGUCGAAGCGUUCAUGGGGC